AUGGCCUCUCCUUCGCUUUUCAAAGAAACCAUGCUUCUCUUCUUCUUCUUCUUCUUCUUCGCCUCUCUCUCACUUUCAACUGAAGAAACCCAGCUCAAGAACGAGUCUCUUUCCUUUUCUUUCCCUCUCACUUCCCUCCCUCGUUCUCCACAAACCUCUCCAAGUUUCUACUCCUCUUUCAUCUCGCAAACCAAGAAAAUCCCAACACUCAAAAGCUCAUCGCCGUAUAAUUACAGGUCAAGAUUCAAGUACUCAAUGAUAUUGCUAGUGUCUCUCCCUAUAGGGACACCACCGCAGUCUCAGCAAAUGAUUUUGGACACUGGCAGCCAGUUGUCAUGGAUUCAGUGCCAUAAAAAGGUUCCUAGGAAACCUCCACCUAGUACUGUGUUUGAUCCUUCUUUGUCUUCUUCAUUCUCAGUUUUACCAUGCAAUCACCCUAUAUGCAAGCCUAGAAUUCCUGAUUUUACCCUACCAACUUCCUGUGACCAGAACCGUUUGUGCCAUUAUUCUUACUUCUAUGCCGAUGGAACAUUAGCUGAGGGUAAUCUUGUAAGAGAAAAGAUUACCUUUUCUAGUUCCCUGAGUACCCCUCCUUUGAUCUUAGGUUGUGCUGAGGAUGCAAUUGAUGACAAGGGUAUUUUGGGAAUGAAUCUUGGGAGGCUGUCCUUUGCUUCCCAAGCUAAAAUAACCAAGUUCUCAUACUGUGUACCCACCCGGCACGUUCGGCCAGGGUUUACACCAAGCGGGUCGUUUUACUUGGGUGAAAACCCGAAUUCAGCUGGGUUUCAGUAUAUUAGUCUUUUGACUUUUCCUCAAAGUCAACGGAUGCCCAAUUUGGACCCUUUGGCUCACACUGUUGCUUUGCAAGGAAUUAGAAUUGGAAACAAAAAGCUAAACAUUCCGAUUACGGCCUUCCGGGCCGAUGCUAGUGGGGCGGGUCAAACCAUGAUUGACUCCGGCUCUGAGUUCACUUACUUGGUGGACGAGGCUUACAAUAAGGUGAGGGAGGAAGUAGUGAGACUGGUGGGGCCAAAGUUGAAGAAGGGCUACGUGUAUAGUGGUGUAUCCGACAUGUGUUUUGAUGGCAACGCGAUAGAGAUCGGACGGUUGAUAGGCGACAUGGCGUUUGAAUUCGACAAAGGUGUGGAGAUAGUAAUUGAGAAAGAGAGGGUUUUAGCUGAUGUUGGCAGUGGGGUGCACUGUGUUGGGAUCGGACGGUCAGAAAUGUUGGGUGCUCCUAGCAAUAUAAUAGGAAAUUUUCAUCAACAAAAUCUAUGGGUGGAGUUUGAUGUAGCCAAUCGUAGAGUGGGUUUUGGUAAAGCUGAUUGUAGCAGAUCAACGUAA